AUGGAAACUUUUCGUGAUGAUGUACCACUUAAUAUCAAAGAUAUCCAUACUUCCACCUGCUUUUGUAAGAGCCGGAUGGUUACACCCUGUGGAAUCGCUGUAAAACCUUCUUUGGAAGUAAGCAAAUCAGAUAAUUUUAUUGGGAAUUGUGAAACAAUAGAAUUUCAAGCCAAUAGGAUCGAUGAACUAAUUUCAAAUAGGAUAAAUGUUGGUGGAUGUCACUGUGAAGUACGCCUGUGUAUCAGCUUACAAAGAAGAAAAAAUCCUAAUCUUACUUGGCAUAUAACUGCAACAAGUCCAGUUAACGAAUUAUUCAAAUGA